CAUGGCGCUAGGGAACAACUGUGCUGCCCGUGCAGGCGAAACAACAACAUAAGCAAUACUCAGAGGGAACGAAAUGGGUGAAAUAUGCUCCCCCAGUCCUUUUAAGUACCAUUCGACCGUUUUUUUCCGGACUAUACUGCCUGCUACACGUGACUUGAGGAAAACGACCCGUUUCUGUAGCAUCAGUUCAGUGCGUGAGAAACAGGUUGAGUGAGUGAGAGCACACCUGCCUCACGACGGGACCCUGAAGAUGAGUCUUGACAAUAUGCGUUGUUCUCUGGCCACCGAGUAAGAAAGGAGUUUUCAUUUUCGAGUCGUCAACCAACUGUUAACAAAUAUCAACAAAGUUAUUAAGUAUUCACUCUAAUUCUACAAGUCCUUAGAAAUGAACGAGGAGAGUGGACUAGAGAUGGACCACAAGGUCAGAGAAAAAUUGCCUCCCAUAUUAACUGCACCUUCUACGGGUGUGAAGAAGCUGUACCCCUGUCUCAGUGGCUUUACCUUCAGCCUCCAGCACCGCAGGCCAACAACCGUCUGCUCACGCUUUGGUGCAGAGCUGCCCCCAUUGUGUGCGGACAUGCGGCAGAAGCAGCGCUUCAUCAUCGACACUCUGCCCCAGGAAGUGAAAGCUCCUUUCCCUAGCGACCCCGUCAUUCCGCUCCGCAACAAAACUGCCCGACAGUUCCAGGAGGACAUGGAGAGUGCGUUGGCAUCGGGCGACUGGAGAGAUGUCCGUGAGUUUUAUCUCACCACGUUCCAGUCCUUCUUGGAGCUCAAUGCUGCUUUCAAGAGAGAGGCCAACGCUCCGUUCAACACCAUCGAGGACUCGGGGGUCAACUCCAAAUUUAUCAACGCCGUUUUUGAUGCCUUACCUCAGGCUCCCCAGGAGGUCCAGAAGUCUGUUCUGAAGGGGAUCAUAAACAGCCUGUUGAGGGAGUGGAAGGGGCCGCGGACAAAAGAUGACCUCAGAGCCUACUUCAUUCUGGUGCAGAACCCUCAGUACUCCCACACCAGUACAUAUGUGAUCUACGCUCAUCUGCUGAGACAGAUAGCAUCACUCUCUGAGGCUGACCAUCACUUCCUCAUGCACUGGUUUAAGAAACUGUCUCCACGCAGGUUCAAGCAGCUGGUUGAGCGUCUGCUACAGUUCAUCUCUUCCCGCCUGUUUUCUGCCACGCCCGACGACCUUCCUCCAAUCAGCAAGUGCUCCUGGUGGAUCCCCUCGGCAACCAGAGUUUUGGCUCUCCUUAAUGCAGCCAACAGCCUAUCGUCCACUCCCAUGCUCUUGUACACGGACUUCUACAACAUGGCCCUGGACCAUAUCGACUACAUGGGGGAGUACCGGACCUGGCAGUGUCAUGGCAACUCCAGCAAAUUUUCCUUCUGCCAGUUUCCCUUCAUCCUGUCAGCAGCAGUGAAGAAAGCCAUCAUCCAGAGAGACUCGGAGCAGCAGAUGAUCAGCAUAGCCAGGCAAAGUCUGGUGGAUAAAGUGUCCCGCAGGCAGAGAGUGGACAUGGACCUGCUGUUCCUCAACAUCAGAGUGCGCCGCACACAGCUGCUCUCAGACUCGCUGGAGGAGUUGAGCAGGAAGAGGGCCGAGCUGAAAAAGAAGCUGAGGGUGACGUUUGUGGGCGAGGCUGGUCUGGACAUGGGGGGCCUCACUAAAGAGUGGUUCCUACUGCUCGUCAGGCAGAUAUUCCACACGGACUACGGCAUGUUCACGUAUCUGAAGGAGUCCUGUUGUCACUGGUUCAGCAGUUGGAAGUGUGACAGCCUCUCUGAGUUCCAGCUCGUUGGGACGCUCAUGGGACUAGCUGUGUAUAACAGCAUCGCCUUGGACAUUCACUUCCCACCCUGUUGCUACAAGAAGCUCCUGACUCCGCCUAUAGUGCCAUGUGACCAGAACACUCCAGUUGGCAUGGCGACGCUGGGCCUUGAUGACCUGCAGCAGGUGAUGCCAGAUCUUGCUCAUGGACUCAGUGAGUUGCUCGACUAUGAGGGAAAUGUUGAAGAGGAUUUUUAUUUGACUUUCCAGGUUUUUCAAGAGGAGAUGGGAGUGGUGAAGUCGUACAACUUGAAGCCAGGCGGAGACAAGAUCCCUGUGACUAAAUUCAACCGAAAAGAGUAUGUGCAGCUCUAUGUGGAUUUCCUCCUCAAUAAGAGCGUUUAUAAGCAGUUUGCUGCCUUCUAUUACGGCUUCCACAGUGUGUGUGCGUCAGACGCGCUGAUGCUGCUGCGCCCUGAGGAGGUGGAAGUUCUGGUGUGUGGCAGUCUGGAUCUGGACAUGGUGACCCUGCAGAAAGAAGUCCAGUAUGAGGGAUACAACAGAACCGACACCACCAUACGUUUUUUCUGGGAGGUGGUGUUGGCAUUCCCUGUGGAACUACAGAGGAAGUUGCUUCACUUUGCCACAGGAAGUGACCGGGUGCCUGUGGGUGGCAUGGCACACCUGAGCUUCAAAAUCUCCAGGAUCGAUGUCUCCACUGACUGGUUGCCCAUCUCUCACACCUGUUUCAACCAGAUCUGCCUCCCCCCGUAUAGGAGCAGGAAGGAGAUCAAACACAAGCUCACCAUUGCCAUCUCUAAUGCAGAGGGAUUUGGAUUGGAGUAAUGUGUGUGUGUGUGUGUGUCUGUGUAUGGGGAGGCGUGCGUGUGUGUGUGCGUGCAUAACAUUUGUCCAUGAGCAUGCAUUUCUAGUUCAUAGUGCGUGUGUGGUUCAGUGUUUAGUGUGUUUGUGUGUGCAUGUGUGUGGGAGUGUGUAUGGGGAGGUGUGUGUGUGUGUGUGUGUGUAUGCCUGUGUGUGUGUGUGUGUGCGUACUCAGUGUGUAUAUAUUACAGUGUUUGCAAACACGUGUGUUUAUAUGUGUCAGUCCAGUCAUAUAGGAAAUUAUCAAUGCUACUAUAGGUGUAUCCAACUUGCCUUGGCUACUGUAUGGUGAGCUAUCACAGGCGAAGAAUAUACUCUUUCAGGAGAACUUACCCAACAGGUUUGGUUAAGUUUGUGUGCCAUGCUGGUUAUUGGUUAAGCUGAUUGGAGUUUUACAAAUGUGAUGAUACAAAUGUGGUCUUUCACCAGAGCCAUGAUAUUAUGUUUAGAGGUUCUAUCCAGAGGCUCUAUUCUAUUCAUAGACACACACACACACACACACACACACACACAGACAGAAACAUGCAUACACAUGCACACAUAAGCAAAAUGAGUGGAUAAAAACAUUAAAGAAAAUAUAGGACAGCCAACAGUGUGGUUUUGGAAUUGAGCAACUUGGCUCAAAUAUUUACAGACAUGUUACAGUGUGUGUGUGUGUGUGUGUGUGUGUGUGUGUGUUGUGCGUGUGUGUGUGUGUGUGUGUGUGUAUGUAUGUGAGGGGGUAGAGAUAGUGAGACAGAAACAGUAUACAACAGUAGGUCCCAGGCAAGGUCUCCUGCUUUAGCAAAUACAAGAAUGUGAGGACAGUCAGUGACCAAUCAGUGUAUUAUCAUCAUCUGAGCUUCAUGCCAGCUGAGCUCAGCUCAGCAAGAGCUCAACCCACUUCAAUCAAGUCCAUGUAAUCAGCUAAUCUAGGACUGCAGAUGACUGAUCAGAUUGGUCAGAUGGCUUUCUGAGAGCUUGCGCUGCCCUCAUGCUGACUCACCUUAAGGCCACACAAAAAACAAAAACGUCUACACAAAAAAAAAAAAACAACGGCUGAAUUUUUGCUCACCGCUUUCACACCUGUAACGAUACCGGUAAAGACAGAGGUGAAAGCGGCUAAAACUGCUGUAGUGCACCUGCCAGACCAGUGGAUGGCGCCGUGACGGCCGCACAGAGGCCGAAGACAAAACAUUAUUGUUGAAGCAGUUUAAUAACAGCAUGAAAUAAGGAGACUACAGACAAUUCGGUUUUCAAUUCAACUGUUAAACUAAUAAAGUU